CUCCUGAUGCUGAGCACAAGGCUUGCUCAUUCUCUGGCAAUAGGUAUGUUCCUGUGAUCCUAAAAUGGUACAGUGCUGAUGAGCUGUGAUUACUUUAUGACAUUAUGAUCUCUUCCCAGAUGGGCUGCUGCAUAUGGCUUUUAUUAUAAUUUUUUUUUGUUUUGUUAGAUUUCAUUUGUUUAUUUAAGCCAUAUUGUUUUAAAUAAGAGCGGCCCCACUUUAAUUAAGCUGCCUUUAUGUUUCUUUUGCAGCUCACAAUAAAUGUCCUGUGGCAACACAAGACAUUUCAGUUUUUUAUAUUUCUUUUUUCACGUCCUCAAUCAAGGACUAAAAUUACAUUUCAGUUCUAUGUUUGGCAAAUUGCUUAGGUAGGUCAUGUGACCUAGACAAUUAAGAGCAUUAAGCACUUGGUCCAGUCAAAUGCAAAAUUCUAAUUGCUGUCAUCUGUUAGGCAGCCCAAUUAGUAACUCAACAGGCUCAGAAGAAAAUCAGGAUGUUUAGAAAUGCUUGAAUACCUGUCUGCAUAAAUAGGAGGUGCUCUCAGCGUACUGGUGUGUUUGCACUUGUCUGUUAACAGCAAUGGGUUUCAACCAAGUGGGAUUUGUGGUGCUGUUGCUAUUGGCAGUUGGGUUUUCAGCAGCACAAUGGCCAGGAUUGAGGAAUGUUCCUGCUGGAUUUCACCCUAACAAGCCAGGUCACCCUUCACUGCAAAUGAGUGCUGGAUUGCCUUCUCAGUGGGCACAAAGUGGAACCCCUGCUGUAGCCCCACUUGGGCUGCAUCUUCAAAAUCCUUCAGAUGCUCAAGCCCAGCCAGUGAAGAAACUGACUUGGCGUUUUCCAGCAGCACCACAAAUCCCAACCCCACCAGCAGCACCACAAAUCCCAACCCCACCAACACCAGUGCACUUAGCAACACCAUCUGAAGUUGCUCCUACCCAAGGUGUAACAGCAAGGUGUAAUGAGACUGCAGUGUAUGUAGAGGUGAGAAAAGACCUGCUUAGUACCAGUGCACCCCUCAAUACUGCUCUCACAUUGGGAGGUUGUGCUGCCAAAGGGGUGGAUGUUUCUUCUCAAGUCCUUGUGUAUGAAUCCCCAUUGCAUGGCUGCAACAGCAAGUUGACCGUGACUACAAAUGAGCUGGUCUAUAUCUUCAACCUUAGUACUGCUUCGGCUCCUUUAAGUAGUAGUCCCAUUCUAAGGAGUGCUGCUGUUAAGAUUCUCAUUGAGUGUCACUAUCUGAGAUUCCACAAUGUGAGUAGCAGUGCUCUCCUGCCUGCUUGGAUUCCAUAUGCCUCUGCCCAAGGUGCUGAGGAACAUCUUGUUUUCUCCUUGAGGCUCAUGAUGGAUGACUGGAUAUCUGAAAGACCUUCCGACUACUAUUACCACCUGGGUGAGCUUAUAAAUGUUGAGGCAUCGGUGGUGCAGUUCAACCAUGUGCCCCUGCGUGUCUUUGUAGACAGCUGUGUGGCCACUGCUGUCCCUGAUAUAAAUGCAGUCCCCAGAUAUUCCUUCAUUGAGAACCAUGGGUGCUUGGUGGAUGCCAAGCUUACGCAGUCCAGUUCCCGCUUCAUGCCCCAAACUCAAGCAGCUAAACUGGGGUUUCAGAUGGAGGCUUUCAAGUUUCAGCAAGUGACCAGUAGCUGGGUCUACAUUGCAUGCAUCUUGAAGGCAACAGCAGCAUCUGCCCCUGCUGAUGCUGAGCACAAGGCUUGUUCCUUUUCAGGCAAUAGAUGGACUGCUGCAUAUGGUACUGACCAGGUAUGCAGUUGUUGCAGCAGCAGCUGUGGCUUGAGGAAGGGACGUGAUCUGUUAUCAGGGCAAGGCUUGCAGCUGGAGAAAGAAGUGAGCCUUGGCCCAAUCAUGGUUCUGGAAAAUGUCUGGUAGUCUAAUGACUGUCUAAAUAAAAUUUUAUAACCUGCAUGUCUUGUGAUGCCUAGUAAUUGUAACACAACUGGGUAUGCUCUUGUCAGCGUGUAAACUGGGCCUCUGGCAAACCUAACUGACCACAUAACUAAGAGGGCUAGCCAGAAGAUGGCCGACAUUUAAGGUGCCAUACAAACAUUCCUUUUUACCAGAACAUUCCAUGCCUGUGGUCCCUACAGAUUUGUGCCUCUACCCAAGAGAAAAGCUACUAAGAAAAGGCUUAAAUAAACCAAGGUGUCUUCAGCCUAGACUGGGACUGUUGGAGUCCUGAACACCUACUUGGAAGGCGAAGGUACUCCUUGUGCCUCUUGCUGUUGUGGGUAACUCAAGCUUGGCAAUGAAUUGGUGCUAAAAGCAGUUGUCCACAGUUGAAUAGACUUGAAGGAAUAUUACAUGCUAUGCUGGAAGGUUUAUUUUAUUUCUAAAUCCAACUUUCAACUUCCUGCAUAGGGGCUCCCUAUCAGUUUAAAAUGAUCCUGGUAUUUCUUGCAAGCUUCUAAAUGAUGCAAACUACAUGUUUUAAAUCCAGUAAUGUAUCUUGCUCCAAGAACCUCCUUGUCAUGGUGAUGAAAUAUUUGCUUUCCAGGUGGACUAGUAAACUGAAGCACCUUACAGCUAUUCAUGUUGUAACUGGCAUGAUCUUGAUAGUUAUGUAGCACUUAAUAGAAAGCAUACUGCUGUUAUAUACUUUCCAAUUUUUUUUUGAAAUCACCUAAUCUUUUGUGAGGGGAAAUUAACUUUCACUUUGUAUUAGUUUUGUUCAUCUGAGGAUAAUGUCAAGGGUCAUGUCACUUAAAUUAGUACAGAAUGUUUAUCUGCUUACAGAGACAAACAUGUUUUUCUGUUAAGGGUUUUGACCCUGAA